AUGGCGACAGUGAGCGUCUCCUACUUAUGGAUUGCGCUCGAGGUACGAGGAGCGCAAGAGCGCGCCGCAAGCGAUUUUUUGGCGGCAGGGCGCGUCCAGUUUAUCUUGCUCGGCCAAGUCGCCGCCGCCGCCGCCGCCAUGCCCAGCGACGACCCUGCCAGCACGCCCGAGCCGGUGGCCACGGCCACGCGAGUGCCUGCCGCGAUCACUGUCGGCGUCUGUGUGAUGCGGAAGAAGUGCGAGAAGCUCCGGCCGCUCCUCGCCGAGAUGACGAGCGGUGGCGACAUGACCGUGGUUGUAUUCGAGCAACAAUCCAUCCUAGAGGAUGCCGUCUCGGACUGGCCAGUGGUGGACGUCCUCGUUGCCUUUUACUCCAAGGGCUUUCCGCUCGCGAAGGUCGGCGAGUAUGUCCGGCUCCGCGAGCCAUUCUGCUUCAACGCGAUCGGGCCGAUGAGCGAGCUCCUCGAUCGGCGAGCCAUCUACUCGCGGCUGCAGCAAAUUGGCGUCGCUGUGCCGAAGCACGUCGUCUACGACCACCUCGGCGGCGGCGAAGGUCUCGUGCUGCGAGAGGACUACCUCGAGGUCAGCGGCGUCCGCAUCAACAAGCCGUUCGUGGAGAAGCCCGCCUCGGCCGAGGACCACAACAUCCACAUCUACUACCCGCCUUCGGUCGGGGGCGGCUCGAAGCGGCUCUUCCGCAAGGUGGGCGACUGCUCGUCGGCCUUUUACCCGGACGUGUCCGAGAUCCGGCGCGACGGCGCGUACAUCUACGAGGAGUUCCUGCCGACCGAGGGGGCUGACCUGAAGGUCUACACGGUCGGACCCAAGUAUGCGUACGCCGAGGCGCGCUCUCCCGUGGAGCCCGUGGAAGCGCGCAAGUCCCCGACCUUGGACGGGCGGGUGGUGCGCGACCCGAGCGGCAAGGAGGUCCGCUUCCCGGUCCUGCUCACGGCGCACGAGAAGGACGUGGCGCGCCGCAUCUCGCUCGCCUUCGGUCAAAUGGUCAACGGGUUCGACAUCCUCCGUGCGCACGGCGCCUCGUACGUGUGCGAUGUCAACGGCUGGUCCUUCGUCAAGCACGGCGACCGGACGCCGAAGCAGAAGCUCAAGAUGAGGGUUCGGAACGCGAAGCUGCUGCGCUGCUUCGAGGCGCACGGCGUGGGGCGCGGCUGCGCGGAGGCAAAGCUCAAGACGCCCGUUCAGCUGCAGGAGGUGCUCGACCUCGUCGAGGCGCUGCUCGCGGAGAGCGACGCCAAGCUCGCGCCUGGCUCGGAGAACUCGAGCGAGUCCGAGGCGGACGGCGUGCCGCUCGGCAAGCUGCGCCAGCUCCAGCUCGUGCUGCGGCGUGGCCCCUUCGGAGGGCUCAACCGCAAGCUGCAGGUCAAGACGGUGCGCGCCGCCGAGGGAGGCCGCCUCGAGGAGGCGCUCCUCGUCGCAAAGUGGGGAGGAGAGCUGACCGAGGCGGGGAGGGCGCAGGCGGAGCGGCUUGGCCGCUCGCUGCGUGAGCAGCUCUCGCGCGCCGACGGCGCCGACAACCUGCUUCACCUGCACUCGACCUUUCGGCACGACGUCAAGUUCUACUCGUCGGACGAGGGGCGCGUGCAGCUCACGGCGGCGGCGAUCGCUAAGGGCCUGCUCGAGCUGGCGGGCGAGCUGCCACCCAUCCUCGUGUCGCUGAUCCGCAAGGACGCCGCCGCGAACGCCCUCCUCGACGACAGCUCCGCCGUCUCGGCGCAGGCGAGCGAGAUCAAGCGCGUGCUGCACGGGCUGAUGCAGCAGCCGCCCGGCCUCGAGAGCGAGGCGGAGCUCGCCGAGCGGCUCGUGCCGACGAGGCUGCCCGCGCUGCUCGCGCCGCUGCGCGAGGUGGGCAGCCCGCGCGCGCGCGUCAAGGCGGUGCACGAGCAGGCGGGCCGGCUGCUCGCCUUGCUGCGUCAGCUGCGCGCGCAGCUCGGCGACGAGUACGAGCUCUACGGCGGCGAGAGCCUCUUCCUCGCGCUGCAGCGGUGGCGCAAGCUGACGACCGAGCUACACCGGCCGCGCAAGGACUCGGGUUUCGACAUCUCAAAGGCAGCCCGACAGCCGGUGCCCGACAUCUACGACGCCGUCAAGUUCGACUUGCGCCACAACCACGCGCGGCUGCACGGCGCGCUGCCCUGCCUCUGCGAGCUGCUGCGGCUGGUGCGGCCGCUCGCUCAGCUGGUCGUCCCGCUCGAGUACGGGUCUGCGGUGGGAGACAUGCUCGCGGUCGCCGUCGGCACGACCGCCGCGCUCUGCCGCAAGCUCGUCCUCGACUUACGCUCCGACCUGAUGCGCCUCGAGCACGGCGGCGACGCAAACCACCCCGAGACCGUGCACCAGCUCGACCCGAAGCACCGCUCGCGGCGGCCAACACGCUUCUACCUCACGUCCGAGUCGCACGUCUACACGCUGCUCAACCUGCUGCGGCACGCGCCACAGGCGCUCGGCGUCCCCUCCCUCUUCGACGAGGCUGGCCGUGCCGCUCUCGACGAGAUAGGCGAGCUGUCGUACCUCACGCACCUGAUGCUGGCCGUCUACGAGCACUGCGACGAGCCGGCCGACGACCCGCUCCGCUUCCAGGUGGUCGUCAAGUUCUCGGCGGGAGACCGCUCCGCGCGCGAGGAGGAGGCGGACGCGGAGGGCGGCAGACGCGGAGGGCGGCAGACGCGGGCCGACGCGGAGCGAGGCGGCGCGGAGAGUGCCGAGCUGCCGCUGCAGCCGCUGCACACGCUGCACCGCUCGCUGCCGCUGCGGUCCGUGCUCCGCUUCUUCGAGCACGUGUCGGACAGCCUCGAGAACGCCGCCACGCCGGAGCAGCGCCGCGCCGCGCACAGCCUCUCCUCCUCCCUCUCGACCGGGCCGGCGCGAGCGGCGGCGGUCUCGCGCUGCGCGCCGCCGUUUGGGCGCGCCGGCUCUGGCGACUCGGCGUUGAGCCUCUUUGCAAACGCCACGGUCACCGCACCGCCCGCGCGGCCCGAGCUGCUCUCCUCACCCGCCGGUGCGGCCGCCGGCAACGGUGAGACGUGACUCGUGAGGCGUGUGAGCGGGGCCGGCGCAGGGGGAAAGAGUCUCACUCUAGGAGCGCAUUCGAUGAAGAGUCGUGAAAGAGCCUUCCUUUUUUUCGUGUUUUGUGUUUACACAGUU